GGUUUUGUCAAGGCGUGGCCUCAUUUAACGCGAGACACGUCGGAGUCACGUGACGAGGGACUCUCGGGCGGCGGCAGAUUCGGUUGUUUAUUGUUAGCAUAAACUAGCUAGCUAGUCAACGAGGUGAUAAAAACAAACCGGACAAACAAGAUGGAUUCUGAAGAUACUGAUCCUAUUGCUGUGAGCGAUCAUCUCCCAUCAUCCGUUUCACCCAUACAGUUACUCAGGAUGAAAGAUAUAAUGGCCAACCAAUGCUUUGACAUGAAUAUUAAGGUCAAUAUGGACAAACUGAAGUCUUCUAAACCCCUAGAUGCUGAAGCAGAUCUGUCCAAAUAUCAAAAAGAAAUUGAACAGGCAAGAACGUCACAUUUCAACAAAACACUGGCCCUAAACAGGAUGCAGGUUUGGAACGUCAUCAUUGAGAAACUGAUACAGGAUAAUGCUGGGGAAUCGCCACUGAAAGCUAUUGUUGAUGAAAAUGCAGACCUCAGUGAAAAGGCAUUAAAGGUUAUAAAGGAAACUCGAGAACUUCAGGACCAAAUCACAGACAUUCAAAAGGAGAGACUUGAGCUGAAAGGUCUCAUUAAGAACAAGAUGCAGGAGAUUAAUGCACUGAAACAGAUGGGCGAGAAUCAGGGCAAGGCACAGAAGCAGGCCGUGGAAAGAGCUGAGGAAAUCCUGCAGAAGUACAAAAAGAUCGCUACCAUUUCCCAAAAUGUCCUUCGAGGAAUCAUCCUUGCAAGCAAGGUGAACUGGAUCGACGAUCCUAAACUGAGAGACAUUGCAAUGGGGUUGGAGAGCAUCCCGAACUGAGGAGGACUGGAUUUAUAAAGCAAAUAUGCCACAACAUAUUGCAUAUCUUUUGUAAUAUAGAUACUGUAGAAUUUUUAAUACAGCCCUGUUGUCUUGUAAAAUGAGUAAAAAUAGUCUGCAUAGAAUUAGGAAUAAAGUGGGUAUAGAGAAUGGAUGGAUAGUCUGCAUAGUCACCAUGUUUUUUUUUUCUUUACUCGACAAACUAUACCUAUUACUCAUUACCUAAAAAAAGGUCAUAUAAUCUUAAACAAUAUACAAGCUAUAUCUGAGUCUGUGUACAGCAACCAUUUGUGUAAAUGUAAAUUUUUGCGCUGACAAGGGAAACCAUCUUCUGUGAUUUUUCCUUUACUGUUUCUAUUUAAAAAAUAUUUUUAGCAAGAAUAUAUGUGUGUUAAUGCUGAUAUUGCACUCUAAGUGGAGAAUAUUAUAAACAUGAACAUUAUUGUGGACAUUUCCCUAUAAUAAAUGUCUGUAAUUGCCUUUA